AUGGAAGUCAAAGCAUCCGGCGAUGUUCCGCCACCACUAGAGGGCCAUUCGAUCAGCGAGCACCGUGGGUUAUUGUUUAUGUUUGGGGGUGAGAUGGGUUUUGCUUCGGCAACCGAGGUCCCUCUGUGGGUUUUUAACCCAAAGCUAUGCAGUUGGAGCAAGAAGGCUCAUUCUGUGAAUGCCCCGUGUGGUAGAAGGGAGCAUACAGCUGUGGUUUAUUCAAACCAAAUGUGUAUUUAUGGGGGAUAUGUAGAUUUAAAAGGCCCAGACAAUGGAAUGUGGAUGUAUGACUUCAAAACUGAUACUUGGUCUACUGUAAACAAAGCUAAGAUUGAACCUUGUCCUGCUGGAAGGUACAAACACGCAGCUGUGGUGUAUGAUAACACCAUGUGGGUAUCGGGGGGGUUAAUGGGGAUAACAGACCGAAACCAGACUCAGGUUUGGACUUGGAGCUUCUUGGAUGAAGUUUGGAGCCAGAUUAAGACAAAAGGUUUGCCUUAUCAGUUGUUUAACCAUGCCGUGAGCUUGGUAGGUGGUACGAUGGUGGCGUUUGGUGGGACAAGGGAGGAUGGGCAGUCUUGCUGUAAACUAUGGCGCGUUGAUUUGAAUGAGUUUGCAUGGAAAGGCUCACAGAACUGGCAGAUUUGUCAUAGUCGUAAUAAAGUUCGGCCGUCACCGUGUUCAAGUCACUGCCUUGUGUUGUUACCUACUUGGGAUCAAACUAACAAAGCUAUUGAUGAUGUCAUAAUAGAACAACCAGAGAUCAAUCAAACCCAAACAAACUGUAAUGAAAAUAAAAUUGAAUUUAAUUCACUGAGCGUGGUUAAUGUAACAGAAAGUUUAAAACCAAUUCCAAGUCCUGUUAUAUCGAAUACAAAGAUGCCGCAAAACAAAUCUCCAAAAAUUGAAUCCUCGUCAAAUCCUUUGAUUGAAACUUUGGAAGAAAAGAACGAAAGUUUAAUGUUUAGCAACCCGAUAGCGCUGGACGACCCAGUAGAAUGGACACGUAAAUACUUAUACCAAACAGACAAUGUUAAUAAGUUUUCAUAUAAUAUGUCAAAGCAAGAUGUGACAUGGAAACCGCAUCAACAAAAUAAUCGGAAAUUUCAAACGACUUCGUUUAUUGAGCGCUCUAAAGUAGGAAUGAACAACGAUGGAUUUGAAAACGACAGCGAAAAAAAUCAAUUGGGGGAUGAAAAAGUUUAUGAAAAAGUUCGGUCGGAUUCUAUGUCUGCGUUUAUUGAGAACGCAAAGAUUUUGGAAACUAUGAACAAAAGCUUGGAUGUGCCUGUUGAAUAUGUGCACGAGGUGCCCAGAGUGCACCACGCGCACGAUGUGAACUAUGUGCACCGGGAUAAUAUUUCUAAUGACUCGCUGUCAGAAGUUUGGUUUAUGCUCGUUGGUGGUAAGCUGGCUGAUUCAAGUUUACAUAUUGAGCGACCAGUAAGUAUGUGGCAAUGCCAGUUCUGA